CGCAGAGACUGCAGGCAUGCAGUAGUACAGUGCAGCAGAUGUGUUUAAACUUGAGAGAGGCAGCGGCAGAGUGGGCUAUUAAUGAGGUAAGAGCCCUGAGACGAGAUGGACUAGAGGAAACCGAACAGAAAGGGAAGCAAGAAAGGUAUUGUAAGCAUGAGAUCUACUGAGACCUGAGGUCACAGUCACAUCAACCACGUGGCUCGACGGUCCCCUCACAGCCUACAGCAUGUGACUUUGUAGAGGAGUGUACAAGAUGCCCACCAUGUUCUCUUCGUGGAAUCUUUAUCUUCUCCUGUCUUUCUUCUUGCCUCUCUCACUUCAUGUUGUAGCCUCAGCCUUAGAAAAUGUCACAGAAACACCAAAGCCAGACACUGAGACAGAGGCGCAGCAUCUCCCACAGUCCUCUCAGAGACCCAGUUUAGCAGCUACACAUCCUCUGUUUGUUCCCGAGAUGACCGACUUCUUGGCUCUACCUUUGAAUUGGCCCUCAUCAUCAUUUGAUGAGGCUGACAGACAGGGGGUCAUUGGUGAAUACAGUGAUAUACAAGAGAGUUCAGAGAUGUCAGUUUUGUAUCCUAGUGAAAAAUGGUUUACAAGAUCCAGCCCAACAGAGAGUGCUGCAGAGAUUAUGACUUCCAAGGAGUAUGCCAGCCCAAAAGGAUCUUUAUCAGCAAGUGUAUCACCAAACACUACCCAGGAACAAGCAUUUCAGCAUGGGCCAACUGAGAACAGCACCUGGGACAUAAAUGGUUCUACACAGACAGCAGAGACUCAGACAACUUUAUCAGCCAAAGAAAAUGAAGCUACCGUUGGCCACUUACCUGCUCCUCCCUUUGGUUCACUUACGUCAGCUAGUCCAGACUUGGACAAUUCUUCUGCGUUGUCUACUGGGCCUGGGCCCAGUCCUGAACACCCUACCCCUCCACCAGCCACUGGAAGUUGGGCAUUGACCACAGAUCCUUCUGUUAAUACACAGGGAAAGCUACAGGAGUGGACUGAACAAAUGAAAGAGACUGGAGAUGGGUUAUAUGAUUUUACAGAUCAUACGUUACACAGAGGAGCUACUGGCACAGAGGCUGAUAAAGAUGAGUCCUCAAAAACGGAGCAGCAGGACUCAAAGACCAGUGGUACAUUCUCUCUCUCAGAGGAUAACAUGAACCCUACUGUCACACCCUGCAAAAUCUCAAACCAGUCCUGGACUCCAGUCUACCAAGAUGAUUUCACAUCCAACGACUCCCUGGACCCCUCUGUGGCCUUUAGCCCACCCCUCUUCGUCCCCCUGUAUUCUGACUGGAACUCUGCCCUUGCUACAUGGGGAUUGGCUUGGGAGCUACACAUCUAUGGUCUGGGAUCUGUCUUCACUGUGUUUGGCCUAAUCUCUGUUGUCUGCUUGUUAGGCCUGCCUUUGCUUUGUCCCCCAGGAGGCCUGUGUUUCACCCUACUGCACCUGUUCCUCCUGGCAUUUGCAGGGAUCAGAGCUUUCUGCCUGCUCUAUGAUGCUUAUAGUCACCAAGACCGUCUUCCCCCUCUAGGCUCCCUGCUCCUCUCUGAGCUGCCUUUCCCGUGUUUGACCUCAGCCUUUUCCCUGGCUUUCCUCCUUAUUUCAUUGCGCCUACGAACACGUCUAUCACUCCCACUCUCCCUUUCCACUUCUUUCUCAGCCUUGCCCAGACCCUGCCUUUUAGUCUGUUUGUCCCUGCUGCAUUUUGGGAUUUCUCUCGGGUGUGUUGGCCUACUCCAGGUUUUACCAACCCUCCCUGCCCUUAUCUUCCUCCUCCCUCUGGGUGUGUUUGUGUGCCUCUCCGUCUUUCUCUCAUGCUUCUACCUCAUCUUCUACUGCUUCAUGCAAGCUGAGACCAAACACAUCUACAGGCUGAAUGACAAUGGAGAGAGUGGAGGAUCCCCUGAAAUGAAGCGACCUGCAAGUUGCCCCUUUUACAAGGUGGAGGACUGGGGCAGGGCAGCAGCUGCUGGAGUUGGGGCUUCACUGUGUUUGUUAGGGUGUGGAGGGCUACAGCUCUAUGGGAUCCUACAUGCUCUCGGUCUGGGUGGCGUCAGCGGCUAUGGGUUCCAGCCCUGGCCUUGGUGGGGCUACCAGGUGGCCUGUAGACUCUGUGAGGUGGGGGUGUGUCUCAGUCUGUCUCUGAUUGGCACACAGCCUCUAUUCUGUCACACUAACUCCUCCAUCAGGAUUAUUGGUCAUCAACGGCCUGGGAACUGGUCCCGCCUAUCUUGUGGCUCCCCCUCAGGAGGAUUAACCGUUCCAUCUCAGGGAGGAGUAAAUUCUCCUGUCCUCCCUUCCCACUGUUCCUGGUCCCAGGACAAGCAAGAAAGGCUGGUAGUCUGUGAGGUCAUCACUAAGGGACAGUCAGAGGCUCUUCCUCUUUGCUCAAUAGUGGAUGCCCCUCAAAAUGGACUGAACUCUGCCCCCCAUCCCAGCCAAACCAGGAUUUCCAUUCUCCCACUACCUACACCCCCUAGCCCACCACGGGAGCAUAAAAGUGGAGUUGAGCCACAGCUAUCCUCAUUGGAUAGCUUAGGUCUGGACACUGACUCUACUGUGGACCUUCGACCCCCAUCCCCCAUAGACUUGUCCCGCAGCAUUGACCAGGCCCUGUUCAGUGAAGCUCUGUUCUCCCACAGUCUCUUUGGUCUGCCAAGACUGCUCCACACCUCCUCCAGCCUUUCCUUGAGCUCUCCUAGCAAAGGUACCUUAAAGCAAGGCCCUAAUGCUGUGGAGAAUGUCCUUUACCGAACCUCUUCCUGUGGAGACAUGGAUCAAGAGAACCCUCUAUCCAACUCAAGACCUUCCCAGCCACGUGGCACUGUCUCAUUCCACAACAAGCCUCCAUCAUCACCUGAGCAUUGGCGUCGGAGAGGGGGUAACUCUGGCUCCUUGUGCCGAGCUUCUCAGACUGGCUCAUCCCAGGGCCUGUGCUGCAGUCCCAGGGAGGCAGGGAAGAUGCGCCCACAUCCCUGGGCAAACAAAGGGCAAAGCUUUACACAGAACAGUCUUCCACGGGCAAUACCCCACCUGCCUUAUCACAGGCGUUACCGAACCCUGAGCUUAGCCUCUCAGGAUAGUCAAGGAUCUGGCCGUCUAGCAGGGACUGAACACCUGAGUGAAAGUAAACAGCUGGAGCAGGAUCUGGCUGUACAGGCAGAGUUUAUCAACGUGUGCAGACAAAUUGACUCUCUGAGUGUUUGUAGUGACACCAUCGAACUGUAGGAAGCUGAAUAAUUCCAGUUCUGGUUGGACUGAACAUAGAUUUGUAAAAUACAGAACAUAGCAGAUGCAGAUUAAGUUUGAAUGGAAGAAUUUAACUGUAUGUCAAAAUAGCUAUAAAGAUGAAAAUAAUUAACUGAACUAUUGUAAAGUAAAAACUCAAUGGGCAAUGAUAUUUAUUCAUACAAAAUGCAAGACCAACUUGUUAAUUUUUGAAACUGUACAGUUGAUACUACAACAUAUAAAAAUGAAUUUUUAAGGGUGA